AUGGACACCCUUCAACCCCGCCCUAUGGUGGUCUUGAACAAGAAGGCCUCAUCAACAAGUCUAGCAUCCAAGGAAGACACCACUGACUCCGCACGUUUCACCAGGAAGUUCGGCAAGCACAUACAGAAAAGACAGCUGGAAAUUCCAGAAUAUGCCGCCAGCUUUGUCGACUACAAAGCACUCAAGAAGCUUAUCAAGAAACUUAGCGCCACUCCAGUCAUACCACCGCUGAGCGAAGGAAGCAAUCAUGAUUUGCUCGACCCCCAGACCUCAUUACAGGCAAACAAGGCCACUUUCUUCUUCAGAGUGGAACGGGAACUCGAAAAGGUCAAUACCUUUUACUUGCAAAAAGAGGCAGAGUUGCGUCUACGCUUGGCCACCCUUCUGGAUAAGAAAAGAGUGAUGCAACAGCAUCCACAAUCUGUCUCAAAGACAUCUUCGCGUUACGUUGCUCUUGAAGAGGGACUAAAACAGUUUAGCAUGGAUCUCAACAAACUCGAGCAAUUUGUCGAAGUGAACGAAACUGCCUUCUCCAAAAUCCUCAAAAAGUGGGACAAAACAUCAAAGUCGAGAGAAAAACAGCUUUACCUUGCGCGCGCCGUCGAAGUCCAACCAUGCUUCAACCGAGAAGUCAUCAGCACACUCUCCGAUCAAGCUACUCAGGCGCUUUUUGAUUUUUCUGGAUGGGCUGAAGGUGAAGGGGUGCAAGCGCCUCAUCCUGCAGCUGAAGCACGCCUCUCCGAACCCGCAUUCGACGUCAAGAUUGAGCUCGACAACCAAUUUAUUCAGGCUAUCAAUACCGGAAACCAAGGCAAGACUCAAGAAUGUCUUGCUCGCCUAUCCACACUUCCUGACGCGCGUGAGCACGUUUCAAGGGCAUUCCUGAGCACCGUCGCAGAAGCACCAGAAUCUACGCUGAAAAUCCUUCUUGAUUCAAAUCUUGUGAAUAUUGCACAGGAAGACGAGAUCAAUGAGCGAAAUUGUCUCCACAAGGCUUCGAUCAGCGGACGCAUUGAAGUGCUCAAAUUUGGGCUUGCCAGCAAUGUAGAUGCUCACGCGACAGACGUGUACGGCAGGAUACCACUGCACUAUGCCUGCAUGCAUGGGCACGUUGAGUUGGUCGAAGAACUCAUCAACACCGCACCAGAUACGGUAAACUUUCGCGACCAAGACAGCUUUACACCCUUGAUCCAUGCGAUUGUGCAUUCAAAGCUUGCCUGUGUGGAGAUUCUCCUGUCGCGAGGCGCCGACCUUACUCGUCUAGGACCCGGAGAACAUGUGCCACUCAACCUCGCAUGCCAAUAUGCGUCGCUAGAGAUCCUGGAACUUCUUCUACAGAGGUCUGCCGAGAUGCUCCCAGAUGCAGAGGGACUGUUUCCACAGCACUUGGUGGCAAGAUCAGGAAAGGCACCACAGGCACUUCUCAUGCUACAGAAAUAUGGUGCGGAUCUUAAUCAAACAGACAAACUCUACCAGUGGACACCUCUGUUCCAUGCGGCGAGUGAAGGACAUGUAGAGUGUCUGCAGACACUGCUCCAAUGCGGAGUUGACGUGGACAUUGUGGAUGAGAAAGGCUUGUCUGCUAUGUACUACGCAACAUGGGAAGGCCAUAUUGAGUGCAUGACGCUGCUUGCUUCUGUAGGGCGUGGCAUUGGACUAAUGACACAGAAACAAGCCUCUCCGCAGAUCCCAUCACAAAUGUCGAGCUCGAUGCCUACAGCGAUGGAUAUCGAGGGCGACCCUGAUGGCAUCCCUGAGUUUAUCCUGCCCCCUCCCAUCAUCCCAUUCCGGAGAUAUGGACACAACUUCCUAGACACCAAGACAUUCGUUGUUAUCAAUUUCGAGAAGAUUGGCAAAGAUGCAAUCCGCUUCUACGACGAGUCCAAAUACCCAGCCGCAAGACUGACAAUUUCGUCAAAAAGCUCCGACCUUAUACCACGCAACAUCCUGUUACCCAUCCAAGAUGAGUUCAAAGUCAUCUCGUUCCAAAUCGAAAACCUGGAUACUUUCUCUAUCGACUUUGAUGUGUACCCCACGAUAGGAUCAAAGGUCAUUGCACGCAGUGUCGCGUCCUCGAAGGUGUUUACGGAGCGUUCCAAAGGCACAGGACGAUGGCAUCUUGAGCUGUUUGACCCCAGACUUCGCGCGAUUGGCAGGGUUACUUUUGACUUUCAAGUUGUGAAACCCUUCCAUGGUAUCCCACUGGAGAUUACUCAUUUUGCCACGUACUGGAAGGCUACGAGCCAGCUCGAUUCGCAGCCUCAUACUCUCAUCACAGGUUCAAGCCUAUCUGGCGAGUAUGUCCGAUUGUUUGUUCAGUUGACUGCCGACGGUAUACCGGUACUGCAUCCUCAGUGGAAAGUCAACCACCACGGCCUCGAAGUCCCGGUCAACAUCCUCACACAUGCACAAUUUGCUGCUAUUGGUGCUCAUCAAACCGCCACGACUGCAGACCAGCUCGCCACGGAGCUCAGUAAUGCUAGCGCAGAAGAUAUACCCAACAUCUAUCAGGUCAUGGCUUCUUCAUUCAUCACCCUGAAGGAGGCCUUGACAGCACUUCCAGCUCACAUCCAUGUUGAGUUGCACGUCCUGUUCCCGUCUAAACUCGAAGAGGAACACCUCAAGCUUGGGCCAACACUUGACAUGAACACUUUUGCAGACAAGAUCUUGUCUGUAGUUUUCGAGCACGCACGCCAAUUGAGAGAGCAGGGAGCGGGUGAGAUUGACAGUACCCUGAGGAGUGUGCUUUUUAGCUCCUUCAAUCAGGACAUCUGUACAGUCAUUAACUGGAAGCAACCCAACUACCCAGUUCUCCUUUGCAACGAGCUCGGCGCAGACAGCUCUCGGUCGCCUUCAGGAAGUACGCACAUUGUUUUGAGCAGUGGUCGCACGAGGAUAUCUGUGAAGGAGGCAGUGCAGAUUGCAAGAGACAACAACUUCAUGGGUCUGAUAUGCAGUUCUCGUCUGCUGUCGCUUGCUCCUGCCCUGAUCGAAUCGAUAAAGACAGCCGGACUCGUUCUCGUAACAGACGUUACGGAUUCCCCCGUCGAAAACAUCGGGCAGCCUGGAAGCCUACAUGUCGCAAAUCCACGCCGACAAGCCACACCCGAGGGAGUUGACGGAUAUCUGAAGGGAAACGGUAACCUAUGGCGACAACAAGGCACACGUGCUGGACAGAAUGGUUUUACGGGGGGGAUUGGCACGCAGACGGCAUUUGCAAGUGAAAGUACGACUGCAAAUGCUGCUGCCAAAGCUGCGGGGAGGAGUGCAAAGAGCAGCAAGAGACGGAGACAAGUGGUUUUGGUAGGAGGCGGACUCAUCAUUGGCACAACAGCAGUCACAUUCAACGAAGAUGCCAGGCACGUCUACGUAGCUGCACAGAGGAGUUACCGGGUAGUUUCGACGCUGGUACUGAACAUCAGAGACUACCGCCAUGUGCUCAAGCUCGACGACGAGCCGGAUUACAAUGAGCAACUCAAGGCGUGCCACCUUCGAUGCGCCAAACGCACGCUUCGCACUCUCGAGAAGAACGGGUCGAUAUUUGUCAAACUGGGCCAACAUCUUAGCAGCAUGAACUACCUCCUCCCCAACGAAUGGUGUGAUACGUUUAUCCCGCUACAAGACAAGUGUCCGGUCUCGUCGUUCGAAUCGAUACAGGAAAUGUGCCGACAAGACACGGGUCUAGAGAUAUUUGACUUCUUCUCCGAGUUUGAGGAGCAGCCGAUUGGCGCUGCGUCACUGGCUCAAGUACACCGGGCUACGGUGCGCGAGACAGGGCAAAAAGUCGCAGUCAAAGUGCAGCAUCCUGCGUUGGACGAAUGGGCCAGGCUCGAUCUGGCGCUGACGAGUUUCUCUUUCGCCACGCUCAAGCGCUGGUUCCCCGAGUACGAUCUUACAUGGCUAUCCGACGAAAUGGAGCAAUCUCUGCCCAAAGAGCUGGACUUCACCCUCGAGGGCAAGAACGCCAUGCGGGCACGCGAGUACUUUUCCCACGUCCGCGAGGUACCGGUCAUCAUACCCGAGGUGCUCUGGGCAAAGCGGCGGCUGCUGGUCAUGGAAUACGUAUCUGGAUUCCGGACCGACGAUCUCAAGAGCCUGGACGAGCAUGGCAUUGAUAGGGACGAGGUCUCAGCGGCACUGGCACGUAUAUUCAACGAGAUGAUUUUCGGCAAGGACGCACCGCUGCAUUGCGAUCCCCACGGUGGGAACAUUGCUAUUCGGCACAAUCCUGCGCGAGGCGGCAAGAACAAUUUCGAUGUUAUCCUCUAUGACCAUGGAUUGUAUCGCGAUAUCCCCAUGCCCAUACGACGCAGCUAUGCGAAGCUCUGGCUCGCUGUGCUGGAUGCGGAUGAGGCGGGCAUGCGGAAGUAUGCAUAUGAAGUUGCGGGUAUCAAGGAUGAGCACUUUCCGCUUUUUGCAUCGGCCAUCACGGGCAGGGACUACACAGUACUGGCUAAGAAAGAGAAUGGAGGUGGGGGUGUCAUGACAUCGAGGACGAGUGAAGAGAAGAAAGUGAUUGGAGAUGCGUUGGGAGAAGGGCUGAUUGAGAAUCUGAUUGAGCUGCUGGGUCAAGUACCGAGGGUCAUUUUGCUGAUUCUCAAGACGAACGAUUUGACACGCUCGCUUGACGAGGGCCUGCACACGCGUCAGGGACCGGUGCGCACGUUUCUUAUUCUUGCCCGGUACGCGUCUCGCACGGUGUAUGAGGAGUGCUUGGACAAUCUUGGGGGAUCCAUACUGUGGCCGACCAACUUUUUGUACUGGUUGGCGGCGUGGACGAGAUACAUGAGGGUGGAGAUGCAAUUGAGUGGGUAUGAGACAUAUCUCAAGUUUCGGGCAUUGCUGGGCAUGAAGAAGAUGGAGAUUGGGGAUAGUUUCCGGGAGUAG